GCGGCGUUAAACAACAAACAAACUAGAAUGGAAAAAGCGUUCUCCGACAAGAUGUGAUUCCCAACAUGGGUACAAUGUGUGAAAAGAAUUUCUGGUAUUCUUCCUCCUGACAUUGCUGGGAUAUUGCUUUAAACGCCGAAACAAACACUCAAUCACUCUGUAUCUGUUUUUCCUAGCAAUUGUAUUACCUGUGUAAAUCAUGUUUAAUUCAACAUUGGAAGCCUUCAAUUAAUUACCGGUCAAAUAUACAGGUGAUACAGUUUUAUACCAUGGAUAUUUUGCAAGUAGAAAAUGCAUGCAAUGUUUACUCACGCCUUUCUACACGUCAAAUCCUCCUCAUUAAAUCAUGCCAUUUAUGGUGAAAGGGGUUAUUAUCCAUUAUCAAUUGGAAUGUUCUAGUCUUGUAGGAAGCAGAGUGAGUUGCUUGACUUGUGGGUAGCAGAGAGUGUUGCUUGUCUUGUGGGAAGCAGGGUGAUCUGCUUGUCUUGUGGGAUGCAGGAUGUGUUACUUGUCUUGUGGGAAGCAGGUUGUGUUGCUUGUCUUGUUUGGUGCAGGUUGUGUUGCUUGUCUCGUGUGAAGCAGGAUGUGUUGCUUGUCUUGUGGGAUGCAGGUUGUGUUGCUUGUCUUGUGGGAUGCAGGUUGUGUUGCUUGUUUUGUUUGGUGCAGGUUGUGCUGCUUGUCUUUUGUGAAGCAGGAUGUGUUGCUUGUCUUGUGAGAAGCAGGGUGUGUUGUUGUCUUGUGGGAAGCAGGUUGUGUUGCUUGUCUUGUGAGAAGCAGGGUGUGCUGCUUGUCUUGUGGGAAGCAGGGUGUGUUGCUUGUCUUGUUGGAAGCAGGGUGUGUUGCUUGUCUUGUGGGAUACAGGGUGUGUUGUUGUCUCGUGGGAUGCAGGUUUUGCUGCUUGUCUUGUGGGAAGCAGGGUGUGCUGCUUGUCUUGUGGGAAGCAGGUUGUGUUGCUUGUCUUGUGGGAUGCAGGUUGUGUUGCAGGGUGUGUUGCUUGUCUUGUGGGAAGAAGGGUGUGUUGCUUGUUUUGUGGGAAGCAGGUGGUGUUGUUUGUCUCGUGGGAUGCAGGUUGUGCUGCUUGUCUUGUUGGAAGCAGGGUGUGCUGCUUGUCUUGUGGGAUGCAGGUUGUGUUGCUUGUCUUGUGGGAAGCAGGGUGUAUUGCUUGUCUUGUUGGAAGCAGGGUGUGCUGCUUGUCUUGUGGGAUGCAGGUUGUGUUGCUUGCCUUGUGGGAAGCAGGGUGUAUUGCUUGUCUUGUGGGAUGCAGGUUGUGUUGCUUGUCUUGUUGGAAGCAGGGUGUGCUGCUUGUCUUGUGGGAUGCAGGUUGUGUUGCUUGUCUUGUGGGAAGCAGGGUGUAUUGCUUGUCUUGUGGGAUGCAGGUUGUGCUGCUUGUCUUGUUGGAAGCAGGGUGUGCUGCUUGUCUUGUGGGAUGCAGGUUGUGUUGCUUGUCUUGUGGGAAGCAGGGUGUAUUGCUUGUCUUGUGGGAAGCAGGAUGUGUUGCUUGCCUUGUGGGAUGCAGGGUGAGUUGCUUCUCUUGAUGGAUGCAGGUUGUGUUGCUUGUCUUGUUGGAAGCAGGUUGUGUUGCUUGUCUUGUGGGAAGCAGGAUGUGCUGCUUGUCUUGUGGGAAGCAGGAUGUGUUGCUUGUCUUGUGGGAUGCAGGUUGUGUUGCUUGUCUUGUGGGAUGCAGGUUGUGUUGCUUGUCUUGUGGGAUGCAGGUUGUGUUGCUUGUCUUGUGGGAUGCAGGGUGUGUUGCUUGUCUUGUGGGAAGCAGGUUGUUUUGCUUGUCGUGUGGGAUGCAGGGUGUGCUGCUUGUCUUGUGGGAUGCAGGUUGUGUUGCUUGUCUUGUGGGAUGCAGGGUGUGUUGCUUGUCUUGUGGGAGCAGGAUGUGUUGCUUGUCUUGUGGGAAGGAGGGUGUGUUGCUUGUCUUGUGGGAUGCAGGUUGUGUUGCUUGUCUUGUGGGAAGCAGGUUGUGUUGCUUGUCUUGUGGGAUGCAGGGUGUGUUGCUUGUCUUGUGGGAAGCAGGUUGUGUUGCUUGUCUUGUGGGAAGCAGGGUGUGCUGCUUGUCUUGUGGGAAGCAGGAUGUGUUGCUUGUCUUGUGGGAUGCAGGUUGUGUUGCUUGUCUUGUGGGAUGCAGGUUGUGUUGCUUGUCUUGUGGGAAGCAGGUUGUGUUGCUUGUCUUGUGGGAUGCAGGGUGUGUUGCUUGUCUUGUGGGAAGCAGGUUGUUUUGCUUGUCGUGUGGGAUGUAGGGUGUGCUGCUUGUCUUGUGGGAUGCAGGUUGUGUUGCCUAUCUUGUGGGAUGCAGGGUGUGUUGCUUGUCUUGUGGGAUGCAGGAUGUGUUGCUUGUCUUGUGGGAAGCAGGUUGUGUUGCUUAUCUUGUGGGAUGCAGGUUCAGUUGCUUGUCUUGUGGGAAGCAGGUUGUGUUGCUUGUCUUGUGGGAUGCAGGGUGUGUUGCUUGUCUUGUGGGAAGCAGGAUGUGUUGCUUGUUUUGUAGGUCCCAGAUGUGUUGCUUCUCUUGUGGGAUGCAGGUUGUGUUGCUUGUCUUGUGGGAUGCAGGAUGUGCUGCUUGUCUUGUGGGAACCAGAUGUGUUGCUUGUCCAUUAGAAAGCAGGGUAAGCGGCUUGGCUUGUGAUGAACUCAAAACGUCAACGACGGAGAUCUCGAAUAUCUGAAGAAACAAAUUCCAUGGGGUGUAAAAGGGAAAAUAGUGAUAAAAUGAAUGGAUCACUGAAGCUUAUUGCACCAAGUGUUCGCGAAAAGAGAACGUCACAGGAAACAAUUGACAUUAACAAGUGCUUGUGAGUAAGGAGGUAUGAACACUCCAUGUAGAGGUCAGAAUAUUGUAUAGCAUCGUGUUGUCAAGUUAAGUGUCAGGUUUUAUAAUAUACACUCUUGACAAGGUCAAUAUGCGAAAAUAAGCACCCGAGGACGCGAACCCUGAGGUUGACCGGAUCGAGGCCGCAUGUCUGUUUUCGCAUAUUUACUCGUCAAGAGUGAUCAUUUGUUUGUUGUAACGAAAUUCACUUUAAGGUUCAUGAAGUCUACAAACCGUCCUCUGUUUUAUUACAAAAACUUAGCUGCGAACCGUAAAACGUUCGUACCAGACACCAUCUUGUUUUCUAGCAAACGAGUCAAUAUUCAUCACGUGACAGGUCAAUACUGAUCAUGUGACGAGUCAAUAUUCGAGGACAGUGUCAGUCACAUGAUUUCGGGGUCUACAUUGAAAUGUAUUGCUACGUGGUACGGAUAAUCGUGGAAUUUAAAGAAAAAGUUCAUGUUCUAAAGUGUCAAAGUAUUUGAGACAUGUAAUGUCAUAAAUGUCAGAAACUGCAGCGAUGCUUCAUUGUAUAUUGUCAGAACUAAACCAGUGCUCGUACAUCGUGUAAUAGCAUUAAAAUGAAUUCCCCAAAAGCAUGUGUCAUUGGAUAGUGAACAAGGGAACAUGCUUAACCUGUUUUCAAACCUGUUUGGGUGAAUGUGCAGAGGACUGCGGAACAGUUUCUAAUUUGUUUGAUGAAAGUAUUUUCAUUGUUAAACGGGUUACACGACAUAGUUUUGACCUAAAGAUGGUGCUGGGGAGAUGCUCUAUCCUGGGUCAUCACGGGGCGUAACUUUGUAAGUGGGAGAUUGGUUGGAUAAUGUUGGUUGUAACCAACAUCAGGGGACCUUCGUGAUAUCAGUGACCGCCUCCGUGGUCUAGUGGACUGAGCGACUUCCCGGAGAAGGGAAGGUCAAAAGACGUAACAAAAAUGGGACUUGUUGUUACCCUGCCUGGCCUUUGGCAUCAGUGGGAUGAAACUAGGACUGGUCGCUUCGGAGUCUGUUUAUUGUGUCUGAGUGGGGGUUCUCCACUCUCCAAAAGACUGCAUGACAAGAGGGAAGACUUCAACUUUCCAAAAGCCAACGUUCCCUUCAUGUCGAGCAACACUCAUGCAGCUCCAGUCCUUGGUGUCUACUUUUGAGGUACGAUUGAGCCUGCUCUUUCUACCAAGUUGUUUGAUCAAGGUUACAGACAUUUAAGAUCUCAGUGAACCUUUCAAAAAGUUUUAUGUUCCAAAUG